AUGUCGCCCACUCCAGCGAAUCGGUCAGGUGGUCGCGCGCAAGGGAGCAUGAAUGACGCCAUCCUCAAGGUGGACCCAGAGGUGAAGCACAAGGUCGACUCUUUCAGAGAGAAGAUCACUGGCGAAGCCGAGGCGCUAGUAGCACAUUUUUUCCCCAAGAAGCUUUUAGAACUCGAUGCUCUCCUCAAGGAUCCCAUUCUGAACAUUCGCGACCUAACCCAAAUCCACUCGGACAUGAACAUUCCCGUUCCUGAUGCAAUCCUGUUUGCAAACAGCCACGAUGGGCUGGUCGGGCCCGGUAUGAAAAAGAGGAAGCUGGAGGACCGGGAGGAGAUUUUCCAGGGUAUCAAACUCUUUGUCCUGCCUGACGGGUUGCUGAAAAGCAACCGGCGGCUGGUGGACAUCAUCGAGACGGUGAAACCCGAGAUCCGGCUACUGAUUGAGAAGUGCAACACCGUCAAAAUGUGGGUGGAGCUGCUGACCCCCAAGGUUGAGCACGGCGACAAUUUUGGUGUUGAGGUUCAGGAAAAGACUUUAGUCGACCUCGAUAACGUGAUGAAGGAGGCAACCUCGUCCCUGGGCCAGAUCGCUGAGUACUUCCCCGCAAGGGCAGAGCUGGUCUCUAAGGUGGCAAAAUACCCCCACGUGGAAGAUUAUCGCCGCUCGGUGACAGAGACGGAUGAACAGGGAUUCACCAGCCUGUGGCUCGCCGUAUUGAACCUGAGGAAUCACUAUGGGACUCUGCAUGACAUGAUCCUGAAGAACAUUGAAAAGAUCAAGCGGCCCCGAAACAACCAUGCAGAAACCCUCUACUGA